AUGUGUAUCCAAGAACUUUUUUCAAAAACAUGGUACGGCUUCGAUCUAGAUGACACACUUCAUGAAUUCCGACGAGCUUCGGCUGAAGCCUCAACCCACCUCUUCCAAGCAAUUCAUGCUUCAAACAACCAUAUCAGCAUCGAUACCCUCAGGACUACGUACCAAGAUAUCUUGCGAAAUGCAACGGCGGAUGCGUUCACCGAUGGCAGAACCUCAACCGAGUACCGACGCGAGCGGUUCGGACGUCUUCUUCAAGCACAUGGGCUCGUUGAUACCCUUCUACUCGACAGUCUGCUAGAGAUAUAUCGCAAUUCUUUGCGUGAAAACCUGGCCCUCAAGGAGGGUGCAUUGCAGCUUUUGCAAACUCUACAGCAUUUAGGGAAGAAAGUCAUUGUCAUUACUGAGGGGCCAACAGAUGCACAGGAGUGGACUGUGCAAGAACUUGGCAUACGGCCAUAUGUCGAUAUUCUUGUGACGACAAAUGAUAUCGGCAAGUCUAAAGUAGAUGGGUUGUUUGGCGUUGUACUAAAGAAGUAUAAUAUCGCUGUUGAUGAUAUCAUUUACUUUGGUGACAAUAAGAUUCGCGAUGUUCAGGCUGCGCGCGCAGAGGGGAUUCUAGCUGUGCUUUAUGAUGCGAAGGAGGGUUUUCACUUGGAGGAUAAAAAUGCAUUGCGGGUGAAUUCGUGGGCGAUUGUAAAAAAUAUACUCGUCCGUGGAGAGUAA